GAGUCGGGUUAGUGCGACGCGCUCCGUGGCUAGACGUGGGGCAGGGCGCCGGUAUUGCAUAAUGCGCCCUGUGGGCCGUGAGCCCUCUCGCAGCCCGCCGCUCGUGAGCACCUAGCUGUGCCUAGCUGUGCCGCUUUGCCCGCGUACUGUAGCCGGCGAGCCGACAUGAGAGCGGCGCGCUGGCUACGGCCCAUAGUACCCUUAUUAACGCUCCGUAUACUCUUGGAGUAUAUCAAGUCCCUCGACACCGCCGUACAUUCAAAACAUAUUAAUUCUUUACCAAAGACGUGUGUCAACGCGGCCAUAAAUUUUAGUUUUAAGAAGACAUCUUAAACAAUGAGAUUUUUUAUACAAUUAUAAAACUACAAAGACUUUUUAUCAACAAAAUGAGACUGUCAACCAGCGAAGAAAUCCCCAGCACAACGGUUGGCCGUACAGCCAGUCCUAAUAUUGGUGUCGUCAAUGAUGCCUAUGACGUCACCAGGAUGAGGGAAGAGGAGUUUGAGAGGCUCACAGUAUACAUCGUCCCCGAUGUUCCCUGUGAGCGAGGAGUGUCCAAUAGAGCUGAGAGAACACUUCCUCGCAGCUUGGCUUUAAGACCUUCUGCAGUAUUAUCUACGCCUAACACGCCGACUGAAGGAGUUUGGAGUACGGGUGUGAUACCACGAGGUACAAGGUUCGGACCAUUCGAAGGGACAAGAACGCCAAACAAACCGAAUGACAAAGUAUCGUGGAGGUACUACUGGAGGGUACAAGAAACGGUCAGACAUCACACUUAUGGAAACAUUAAGAUAUUCAAAGAUAGUGACUACUAUUACCUUGACGGAUCAGACACCAGCGUAGCGAACUGGAUGAGAUAUGUUGCCUCAGCGUACUCGCUGUCAGUAAUGAACCUUGUUGCGUGCCAACACCAAGAACACAUAUACUUUUACACUAUCAGAGACAUUUUACCAAACGAAGAGCUGAUGGUGUGGUAUUGUAAAGACUUUGCAACUAGGCUUGGUUACGACAUUGAUCCGGAAAGAGCAACAUAUUCUAUAUGCAAAGAAGAAACAAUAAAAAAGGCAUACGGCCUGCCCCCAGCGCCAGUACAUCCAGAAAUAGCUUUCAAUCAUAUGAAAUAUGUUCUUGGACUAUCCAAUGCAAAAGAAAUGAUGGAAACCGAUAUACCUAACAGGCGAAUUAAGCGAGAAAACAGUGACAAAAAUAACAGUGAAAUCGCUCCUAGAAUAGAUAUAUCACCUAAUGUUAUCCAACCAAAAAUGGAAAACUCGCAUAUCAUAAGCGAGCAUCGUCCUAUAUCUCCCAGUGCGUUAAUGCAACCACCAUCACCUAAAUUGCACCACAGAGAUGCCACAUUAAUUAUUCACCAACACAAAGAAAGUACUUCGCAUUUAGUAAUACAUCAAAUGGAAAAUCCAAGGAUACAUAGCAGAUCACCAUCUCAAAUGCAUCACCAUCGAGAUAUGCGCGGACCUUCGCCGAUGGCUCUACAUCCAGGUAGCAAAUCGCCAAGCCUCUCUCAUUGCGUACCAUCCCAUUAUGAACACCAACUUACUCCUAAUGACGGGUCUGUAAGGUCAGACGAAGGGUACCAUAGCAAUGGUUAUCACGAUGAGUUUACACCACCAGAAGACUCUAGUGAUUCUGACGUAGAAAACUACGUACUGGAUUGUUCUAAUAAGACAAACGAACCUAAAGAAACCGUAAUCGUUCAAAAAGUAGAACAAGACAUGCAUCGUAAUGAAUUUAGGAAAGUAAAAAUAAAAAUGCCUAGAGCAUAUCAAUAUCAGAAUGUUAAGGAUAUGGACUGCGAAAGUGAAAAGGAGCUGAUUAUCGCGGAAGAAUUAGCAAAUACUACACCACAAAAUUUAUCACCUCCUCGAAGAGACCCAGCCACAUCGACUGUUAUUGUAUUAGAAUCGUCACAAAACACAGUAGUUCCUAUAAACAAACCGUACUACGAAGAUGGUGCACUUUCACCCUCACCACAACCGGCAUUCCUCAGGUAUUCACCUCCAGAUACAAGAAUUUUAGAAACUAUUCUUACUGGAAACAGAAUGGACACUAAUAACAAUGAUCCGAACAGAAGACAACCAAAUGCAACGCCACCUCCAUCAUCACCCACGGAAAUGGCAUAUUCGUAUAAGAAAAGCCAAAGAUAUGGUAAUGCUUGUAGUCCUGACUCUAGUUCAAACCUAACACCGUUGCCAUCUCUUUUGCCAUUACCUCAACAACUGCCAACUCCUAACUCAGUUUCGCUUUAUGCUGCAUCACCACCACAUACCAUACCCCACACGACAGAAAUUCGGGAAAUAAGAGAAAUACGCGAAAUAAGAGAGACGCGUUAUGAAAGUCACUAUCCGAACUAUUCCUACAAUCUGUAUUCUCCGCCGAAUUCAACCAUAAUUACACAGCUUGGUUCACCACCGACUACAUAUUCCCCUACGGUAACAUCAUCGCAUCAGUAUGAGAGAAACCAAAGCGGACAAGGCAAUCAUCACUACCCAUCAUCUACUAGCGUCAUUACUUUGAAAAACUGCUCACAAUUAAGCUUAAUACAAAAUGGUAAUCCACUCGUACCGCAGCAUGGCAGCCUAAGUCCAGACGGUUCCUGCAAUAUGAUGAUGGGACCAAUGAGCCCCAAUUCACAAUCAUCGCGUGGCUACAGAAGUUUACCAUAUCCUUUAAAGAAGAAAGAUGGAAAAAUGCAUUAUGAAUGCAACGUUUGUUGUAAAACGUUUGGCCAGUUAUCAAACCUGAAAGUACACCUGAGAACACACUCGGGAGAGAGACCAUUUAAAUGUAAUGUCUGCAGUAAAUCUUUCACACAACUCGCUCAUUUACAAAAGCACCAUUUAGUACAUACUGGAGAGAAACCGCACCAAUGUGAUAUUUGCAAGAAGAGAUUCUCAUCGACGUCCAAUCUUAAGACUCACUUACGAUUGCACUCCGGUCAGAAACCAUACGCCUGCGACCUUUGUAUGCAGAAAUUUACACAGUUUGUUCAUUUAAAACUUCACAAACGUCUUCACACAAAUGACAGGCCGUACGUUUGCCAAGGAUGCGACAAGAAGUACAUAAGCGCUUCAGGUCUGAGAACUCAUUGGAAAACAACGAGCUGUAAACCGAACAAUAUUGAAGAAGUUUUGGCUAUUACUAACGCAGCGAACACUGAAUGCAUGGGUAACGUCGACAAAGACUGCCACGAGAGAGAGGGGCAUGAAAGUUACGAAGUUUCCGCAUCGCAAGGAGGGGUUAUGACCGGUGGGGCUCGCAGCCUAUCCCUCGGGGAAGCAAUGAUGGGAGCGCACACGACCACACCGCAUCUGACAGGACACGGUCACAUAUCGCCAGGACCCGGUCAGUACCGCAGCAUGAUGCCCGCCCAAAGUGAACAUGACCAGCACUACUCGAAUGGGUCAGCUGAAACCAGGCCCACAGUGAUAGAAUCGAGCCAGCCUCUUAUCAUCGAGUGCACUUGAGGCCCAAGACCUGCAAUCCUAAGCAGUCGCCGUCACACGUACUCCUUUGCGUGAAAGCCCGCCGCGUUAUGUGAUUUCAGUCUUGUGAUUAAGUGAAAGUAUCAUUUUAUUAGAGACACAUUCGUGUUUAUUCGUCUCGUCUCAUUUAGUGGCUAUGAGAUUAUGAAAAUUAUCGUGUAUAUUUGUAUAGAUACCUGUAAGUUAGAAAUUAUCGUAUCGCAACGUAUUAAGUACUAAGUACUGACAUAGAAUUCAUCCAUUAUAAGACUAUCUAGUGUAUAGGGCCUGGAGUAUUUGUUAGACUCAGCCUUUUUUAAUAUAAUGCUCAAUUUUUUUACUUUUGUUUCUAUUGUAAAUAGAAUGUUUCGCCAUAGACUUAUAGUUAUAAUUUAAUUUUUCUAAACGCAUGUACAUAUAUUAUUUGUAAAAUAUACUAUAUAUCCUUCGUAUAUUUCGAUCUUAAACUUCCUAUAUAGAAUUUAACGUAUGUAAUGUUACUCGCUGGUAACAUAAUACAUAAUUUUGCAUUGUGAAUUUUUUACUUGCAAAGCUUAAUAUUUCACCAAAGAACCACACACAACAGAAAACGACAUCACCGUAAUCAAACUUUCAUAAAACAAACUGAAAUUAAAUUAGUAUUAGUGCCAAAAGCGCGGACAUAUUUUAAUGAUACUUUUAAGUUAUCCUAAUAAUAUUCGUAUUAUAGUAAAUCAUUGUUCCUAAAGAAUAAUUGGAGAGUACUCGUAAGUGCGUAUUUGCGUCAACUUAAUUCUAAUAUUACUUAGAUUAGAUCAAACUGUGUACAUUACCCCUAUGCUAGAACAAAUGGUGCUUCACAUCGUAGAGUAUUAGUCGCCAGAGUCAGUCGCUUCGAGAACUGACCGACUUAUAGUCGGCGACUAAUUACUAUUUUUAAUUCACCGUGUUUACUAGUUACUAUUUCAUAUUCGAAAUUCAAAUUACGAUUCUCCUAAUCGAAAAGGCUGAAACGCAAUGCGACGAUUGGCAAACGUAAUCAUUAUAGGGUUCUGGUAUACAUAACGUAUACGUCAGUUAUAACUGAUACGUGACGUAGAACCAAUCCGUAGCUUUUUCUAUAUUUCUAUUAUUCUUGCAAUAAAUUUUAUACGCAUUCUCUUAUAAACAUUACUUGCUAUUUUAUGACAAGCAUUUAUAAAAGGAAAAUGUAUCGUUCAAUAGUAACUAUAUAAAGAUAACCAGUAAAUGUUUGAUAGGAUCAUUAAAACACCAUUUAUAUGUGUGUUCGUUGUGAUGAUUAUAUUUUCAUACUUUUGUAAUGUAGAAUUUGUAAUUACUUAUAUUAAACUUUGUGACCUUUCAAAGAAAUCAUAUUGUGAAAAGAAAUAGUGCAUUUAUUCGUUAUUAAUUAUAGAAUUAAAUUUAUUUUAAACAGUAACUCUACUAAAAGUUUGAAAAAGUUUAAAAUGCUAAUAAAAUCUGCGUAAACAAAUACUAAGAUGGUAGGUGUAGUGUUUUAUAACUUUGUCAAAGUCAAGGUAGAGUAUACGGAAGCGGAAGUAGGAAAAGUUUAACGAGAUAUUUUUCAAAUCUAGACGAUUCUUCGUAACGUUUCGGUCUAUAUCGAAAGACCUUCCAUCUUAAGACACACAUGUAAAUGUACCUUUCUUUAUAAUCAAUGUUUAAUUCAGUAUCAUUAUUUCAGAGUCUAUUUCACAUCCUUGUUAUUGUUAUGGUUUUAAAGUUUAAGCAACAGUAUGCAGUAAAUGUUAUGAUUGUUAUCUUUCUCAGCGUUUUUGUUUAACACUAAGAUGUAAUUUAUUCUUGAUUGUAUUUUACCAGAAAUGUGAUUGUAUUUUAAUGUCAUUCAAAAGCAUGUAACGAGUGUAUAAUUGACAUAUAAACGCACAAAUACGUAGGAAAAUAUUCUGUUGCCAGUAUAUAUUUAUAUACCUCAUUUUGUAAACUACAAUCACAACCCAAGCUCUUCUGUAAUAUAAUGGAUUUAUUUUUAUCUUUACAUCAAUAAGGUUUUAUUUAGUUAUUCUAUCUGGAUGUUUUAUGUACAUUUAUUUCAAUGUAAAUAUGUAAAUUCCGUUGUUUCCAAGCUAAACAUGACAAAAUUCGAUUUUCAUACAAUAAUUUUGUAUAAAAUUUAACUAAAAUAGUUUAGUACUUACUUAAUAUAAUAAGUACAAUGUCACGGUAUGUCAAAAUAAGCAAUAUUAUAAAUGUAUUUUAAAUCUUCCGCUACAAUAUUUGCAUUUGCGGAUUACCCGAAAGGUGUUUAUGUAAUAUGCCAGAAAUACCUAUAAUCACUAUAAAGGCCUGUAAUUUUGUACACUUUGAUCGACGGUUAAUAUUUUACAACACCAAAUCGAUUAAAAAGAAAAGUAA